UUGAUUAAUCUCAAGUUACUUAUUCGACAAACCUAUUAAAAUGUCUACAGUACAUAUAGUAAUAUUAUAUGAAAUAAUAUUAUAGUAGUUAGGUAUUAUAUAUAUAGGUAGGAUGAUAUGCUAAUUUUUAUUUCAUAAAUUAGUUGAACAUACUGCGACCGUGUAGAAAAAAUAAAUAUUUAUAGCAGUAUAAAUUUAUUAUAAAAUAUCCUUAGAAGAAUAUGCCGCCUUCGGUUAGAACCGUUUUCCGUAUGAUUAAUUAAUUAUUAAAUUCAAAUUUAACACAUCCAUUACGGUUUCCAACUGAAUGAAUAUGGGCACACUUGUUGAUUUUCCGAUGUUUUUUUUUUGUUGUAAUUUAAAAAUGGUAAACUGUAGAGACUUCGAUGUUCACAAAAUAUUAAUAUAAGCAUUUCUAGCCAUCAUAUAAUCUUCAAAUUAUUUUGGCUUUUUUCAUGAUAUUCAUAGACAUUAUUAGUAUUUUAUUGAUGUAUCUAAAAUGUAAUUUUAAAAUUAAUUUUUUGUUCAUACAUCAUAAUGUUUAUAUUUUAUAGUAGGUAUUAAAAUUGAACAAUGUUGAUAAUGGCAUUUCAAGCAAGCAGCUUUCUGUAUUUUAUGUAUCUUAAUUGAAAUAGUAAUAAUAUAAUAUAUAUUCUGUAUAUUAAAUUAUCAACAGUAUGAACAUUUUCUGAAAUCAGAUCUGUUCUGCAGGAUUUUGAAACUGACUCUCAAUAUUUGUAGAAAAUAUCGAAGUCAUGACGAGAAAUCAAUGAAAUUUAAUAUAAAAAAUCUAUGUGGUGAACUAAUUACUAACUAAUACGCAUGGAUCUUAUUGUAUAAUAUAAUAUUUGUAAAAAAUAUAAUGCCUAUGUAAACGUAAACAAUGCAUAUAGUUUUGGCUUGUAAUUAAUGUAACCAUAAAAAUGAAAAAUGCAUUCAUUUUUGUUAUGUUUAGUAUAAUAAUAUUUGCGUUUGGAUUUCAAAAUAUUUUACAUAUAUACCUAAUGUAAAAUCCAUUAUUGCAGAAUAACUCACUCAAACAUGCACUAUUUUAAUAAAAAGUGUUUUUGAGGAUGUGCAUACAAAACGUAUUAAUAUUAGAAGUGUCCUAAACUAAUCCUGUAUAGGUGGAUAGUUACCCGACCAACCCGUUCAUUGUAUUCCUGUUUACAUAUUCACUUGAGCCUUGAGGUAUAUGCAGCAGUAUAUGCUGUAUACUUGAAGGGUAUUUGCUACCAUUAAUCGAUCUUAACGAUUGAAAUUCCUAUUGUUGUGAAAAAAAACAGCAAUUCUUUAUUAUACGCCUGAAUCAAAUAUUGUAUAUGUUAUACCUAUUGAGAGAAAAACUACAGACAUCGUAAUUUGUUCACAUAAUUCCACGCGAAGUAGGUACGUAUACAUCAUGAAACCUUUACACAGUCGCAUAAAACCGUUGAUCCAUUUCUGUCACCUGUUUGGUAUGGGGUUUUGUUGUGACGACUUUCAGAUCGUUUAUUUUCUAUUCAUAUUCAUUAAUUUGUCAGUAAGUAUUUACAUAUACUACGAAAUGUACAUUUAUGUCCAAACGCAUCUGUCGGAAAUGUUUGACCUGUCUACAAUAACGUCUGUGGUUCGACUGCAUAUCCGUUUUUUAGCGCAUCCAUUAAUGAUUGUAUUGUUGUGUGUCAAAAAGACGACCAUUAUGAACUACAUAAGCGGCUUUGAUGGUCUCGUCCACAGAAUAAAUGAUGUCUCACUGAAGCCGUAUAUGAUACACUUCUUCGGUUGGCUGUCGACUAUCUUGGUCGCGGAACUCAUACAGAUAAUGUCGUUUCACCAUCGCACGAACUUAAAAUUUUUUACGAUCUCUGCCACUGCUCAGUACGUUAUCUCUAACGUGUGGCUAGUCACACCAGUUUUGAUGUACAUUUUUCUCAUCUCCUUGAUCUCCCACGGUAUACGAGAAAUCAACAACGAGAUAACCUCGAUAAGAGCGUGGAGAACGCACAGCCUCAAAUGGAAAGAGCUCCAACACGUGGGAAUAGUUCUAACUAACUCCGUGUUUGGAAAGAUUAUCAUUAUUUUUAUAAUGUUCACCAUCAUAGAAUUAACCUUUUUCUGUUUUACGAUAUAUUUAAGUUGGAGAAGGAAUCAUCAUAAUGAAAUUGUUGCAUACUUCAUAAUCCUGUUUGUUCGGGCCGGCUUGAUGUUUCAACUUUUCCGAACAAGCCAUAGUUGCAAGAUUGAAAAACAGAUGAAAAGGACACAAAUACUUUUGAAUAGUGCUGGUAAAACUACAGUUUCAGAUUACAAAGAAUUUCAGGUCACCUCUAUGUACAUGCUGCACACUGAUUUCAGUUUCAUGCCAUGUAAUAUUUUUGAUAUUACGUACAGAAAUUUAGUAACUAUAUUCACCAUAAUUGCUGCCUACUCGGUUUUUCAAAUUCAGAUAAAACUAGUUGUUUUAGAUUAAUGCAACUAAAUUAAAUAUAAUAUUUAUAAUAGAUUAAUAUUUGUGUAAUUAUAUACAUAUAUUAUAAUACCUAAUUAAUAAUAUAUAUUUUUAACAUAAUCAACUAUACAACCCCUGUUAUACUUCAAUACAAUGUGUUCUAGAAUUUAGAUUCUGAGUGGAGCUGAGUUUACAAUGAUGAGUGUGUUUAUUUUUUUGUUAAAUAUCAAUAAAAAAAUUU